UGUACCUGAGUCCCCAUCUGUUAUAAGAAAGAAAGAGAUAAGAAGAGGGUUUGUAUUAUUGAUUAUUAAAAUAUAAUGGAAAUGAACAUUUUUACAAUGGUUCGAAAGGAAGAAUAAUACAGAACUUUCCAAAACAAUAUCAAAAGAAAGAUACUAUACUCUUAGUGAAGGCGAUCCAACUCAAGUUGUUUUUAUAAAAACGAUCAAAGUUUGUUUCAUCUCAACAAUUUUGCCUCUUUUUGGAACAACAACAAUUGUAUACCUGCUGGGGAUAACCAAUAGUCAUCCGUCAUUCCAUCCAGAUCCAUUUCAAGCACAUAAAUUUCUCCAAAAAAUAAAGAGGGAGGUUUAAGCUAAAAAUCUUGAUCAAAUAGGACCGAAGCUGAGCCUUCUAUUAUAUGGCACUGGGAGACUGAGAGUUUUAUGAGGAGAAGAGACCAGUGGGGUGGAGGGGAGAGAGAAGAUGUGGAUUGGUUUGUGGUCACUGAAGAGGAUGUUAGGGUAGUGGAAUGUGCGAUGGAGGUGGGGGAGGCAGUGUUUGGGAAGAAGGUGGUGGGUGAGAAGGAUGUGGGGAGGAGGGAGGUUUAUAAGACACUGAGGGAGUUUUGGAAGAGGAAUUGAGAGUGGUUGUUGAAGUUGUGAAGAGUAAGGAGGGAAUUUUAUUUGGAAUGGAAGAGUGAAAUGAAGGAGUUGUUGAAUAAUGAAUAUGAGCAAUUUUGAAUGACAGAAGUUGAAAAAGAGGAAUUCAUGAAAGCGAAAGUUCAUUAUUUUAAAUCUAAUCUUCUCUUGAGAUAUUUAGAUCCAAAAACAUUAUUUGAACUUCUAUCAGUCUCAAAUGAUAAUAUUGGACAACUUUCUUUAAGAGAAAAUCCGAUAUUAACAGAAGAAACAAAAGAAGACAUCUGAUUCUCUCUUUGAGAGGAAAUUAGAUCUUGAAUUUUUGAGUGCUAUUAUUUAAUUGAGUGAUUCUACAACAAGAAGGAACCAAUUCAAAGUCCGGGCCUUUCUAAAGCUAUAAUUUUUAUCAUAAAUGCUGAAAAAAAUCAAGAUAAGCCCUCUUAUGAUUGUAAAGCUAAAGUAAAAGAAUCUGAUGUUAACGAAAGCAUACUUACUUCUAAUAUUCAAAAAGAAAAUAAUGAUUUAUCUGAUAACAUCAGUUUUUAUCAUCAUGACAAUGCCUGCGAAGUCAUACAAGCUUUGAAAAAUGUGAACUCAGCUGAGAAAAAUGAGAUUCUUAAAUUGUACUAUAAAUGUUUAAAGAUAAAGUCAAGUCUAAUCUCAAAUGAUAACCUCAAAGAUAUUAAAAUUCAUCAAUUAAAAGAGAACAGGGUCUUUCAAAAGCAAACUUCAGAUGCACCUAUAACUGAUGCUAAUAUUAAAGCUACUUUAUGCCAACAUUAUGAAAAAUGUGUUGAAAAAGUCUUCUACUACCUUCCUGAAAUAGGAAUCCGACUUUGAUUCAUGCAUAGGUUUCAUAAGACUUAUUUCUUCUGUUCUAAAUACACCCCACUGUCCUGAUUCGAUAUCAGACUAGUUUUAGAAUAUUGCUAUUAUUAUCAAAGCGAAUCCCUAUACUCAAACAACCGUGAUAGUUUUAAGACGCUCAAUUUGAAACUUGACGAGCCAAUUAUUAAACCUAACUUAUUUGAAUCUCCUUCUCGUGCUGAAUGGCUUGUGGUAGUCCAAAAUGAAAUAUUGAUGAAUUGAACGGAACAAUGUGAAUCUUUGAAUAAAAUUAGCGAUUUUAAAGACAUGAAACAGAUUUUAACAGGCCCAGAACUAAUUUACUUAGAUUCAGAUAUUGGAAAGAAUUGGAAUUAUUGGAUACCGACUUUGGAUUACUAUGAAAAUAAUGAAAAGUUUAUUCAAAAUAUGUUAAAAAUAGAUAUCCUCGAAUAUAUCAUGGAGAAUAGGUUUCCUAAAUAUUUCAGGGAUAAACAAGUUGAUUCAAAAGCUGAAGAAAUUGGAGAUUAUUUAACAAAACAUUAUGUUCAUAAAGAACUCAAGUCUAAUUUCAGAACUACUAAAUCCAAUAUGGAAACCAUUUUUUCUAUUAAAAACGAGAAUGAUUGUUUCUCAACCAAUACACCCAACAGAAAAAUGAAACUACAUUAUCAAAACAAAUCACCAAAGGCAAGCACAAAUAAACAUCUUAAUUCAUAUGAGGAAUCUUUUCAAUCAUCCUCCAAUUUACAUGAUUCUGAAUCUGAAAGAAACGAAAAUUUUCAAAAAGAGGAUAUUAUUAUAAAAAAUUUGAACCCAGAACAAGAUUUAACCCAAGAAAAUAAAAGUGAUUGUCAACAGGAUCAAAAUAACUAUUAUGGAGUUCAAGAUGAACCAUUUGAUAACAACCCAAAUGUUAAAAUAGAAGAACCCUCUAAUUCAGAAUCUACUUCUGAAAUAACGACAUCUAGUAAUAAUUCAUACAGCUUUGUUGAUCACAAGAGCAUUCAUCCUGCUUCUAUUUAUUCAAAAUCCAAAAUUUUAUCAGAAUUUACUCAGAAAGAAGAGUCUAAGACCCCGAACCUCCAACAUUCUCAGACAAAUAGCCCCAAAAUCCCAGAAGAAGUUCAUUGUAUUGAAGAAUACACUGAAAGAGAGAUCAAAGAUCUUAUUGAUGAAGCUGAACAAGCAGUUUAUACACAAAGAAAAAGCCAUGCUUGAAAAUUCAACCAUAAAUCUCUUUCUGAAUAUUAUAUCAAGAAAAGAUUAGCUAAAUUGGAGCAAGGAGAAUUAGAUGAUCCAGUCUAUUCUGGAUUUGAACUUUCUGAUUUUGAGGAUUUCAGAGAAUUCGCUUUAGACCCAAGAUGGAAAGAUCAAAUCUCAAUAUCCUCCCAGGGAGAAAUUACAGUUCAAUUAGAUGCAGAAAAGAAUAUAAGUUUCUUUUCAUUAAUUAAGUCAAGUCCAGAAAAGUUUGAAAAUUUUGAUUUGGAGGUCUAUGAAGAACAAUGUGAGGUAGUCAGGAAUUUCUUAGACACUUAUUUUCCUGAAAAAUGCCAAUUCUUUAAGUUAUACAGUAAAAUUGACAAAAGACUUUGAAUUGACUACUACUUUAAUUCAAUAGUAAACCUGAGCGGCAGAGUUAUUCAAGAAUUUGAAAUUUGUUAUUGAGAAUUAAGCCAGCAUCAAAUGAUGACUAUUUUUAAGGAGUUCAAACAUGUCAGCUCUUUAGAAUUUUGGGAGUGAACCCUUGCUCUUGAAUCUGUUCCUGAAUUUGGGACUUCCCUUGAAGGGUCAGAUAUUAUAAGGUUAGGACUGUCAUGGAAUAAUUAUGGAGAUAAUGGCUUUGGAAUUGGCCACUUAAUUGAAGGAUUAUCCCAGUCCACUGGCUUCCUUCAGAAUUUAAACAAGAUUCAUUUUAAGGGGUGAGAAAUUACUGGAGAAACAAAAGAAAUAACAGAACAAUUAAAGAAAUAUGUUGAUAUCAAAAAAUUGAAGAUUAGCAGUUAG